AUGACUUCCAAGGAGGACAGCAAGGCGGCGCCGGGGGAGGAGAGGCGGCGCAGCCCGCUGGACCACCUGCCGCCUCCCGCCAACUCCAACAAGCCGCUGACGCCGUUCAGCAUAGAGGACAUCCUCAACAAGCCGUCUGUGCGGAGAAGUUACUCGCUGUGCGGGGCGGCGCACCUGCUGGCGGCCGCGGACAAGCACGCGCCGGGCGGCUUGCCCCUGGCGGGCCGCGCGCUGCUCUCUCAGACCUCGCCGCUGUGCGCGCUUGAGGAGCUCGCUAGCAAGACUUUUAAGGGGCUGGAGGUCAGCGUCCUGCAGGCAGCCGAAGGCCGCGACGGGAUGACCAUCUUUGGGCAGCGGCAGACCCCCAAAAAGCGACGAAAGUCGCGUACAGCCUUCACCAAUCACCAGAUCUAUGAGUUGGAGAAGCGCUUUCUCUACCAGAAGUACCUGUCCCCCGCCGAUCGCGACCAAAUUGCGCAGCAGCUGGGCCUCACCAAUGCUCAGGUCAUCACCUGGUUCCAGAAUCGGCGCGCCAAGCUUAAACGGGACCUGGAGGAGAUGAAGGCCGACGUGGAGUCCGCCAAGAAACUGGGCCCUAGCGGGCAGAUGGACAUCGUGGCGCUGGCCGAACUCGAGCAGAACUCGGAGGCCGCGGGCGGCGGCGGCGGCGGCGGCUGCGGCAGGGCUAAGUCAAGGCCUGGCUCUCCGGCACUCCCCCCAGGCGCCCCGCAGGCCCCGGGCGCCGGGCCCCUGCAGCUCUCGCCAGCCUCCCCGCUCACAGACCAGCCAGCCAGCAGCCAGGACUGCUCGGAGGACGAGGAAGACGAAGAAAUCGACGUGGACGAUUGA